CUCUGUCUGUUCAACAGUCACCCAUUUCCAAUUCCAACAGAGUUUCAGAUUGCUGCCUCAUGGCCGGUAAGCAGCUGUCAAUGGUAUCCUGUGCUUGUCACGCUUCUCAUUUUCAUGCCCUAUUGACACUUUUCCUAGCCAUAGCUUGGUCGCGCUCUAUCACAACGCGCUGCCACCUGCGCCAACCCUAGCUAUUAAGCUUUCAAUCGCUCCCGCCACGCCUUUUUCUCCCCUCCUGGUCGACAUUUGCAAUCGGCAGAAUAAUAUCAAAUACACAAAAUUAGGUUGCUGUGCGCAUGUUCUUUUGGACCUUUCAUUUCAUUUUUCGAACGUGAGACUACCACAAUUCGAUCGUCGCCAAGAAAACUCAAGCUAUCUGCUCUCAUUCCAUCGAACCCUCCGAGAACAGAUACUCGAGCGAUGGAGCAACCUUUCUCCUCUUCACCCGUGUCAGAGGAGCAGGCGCACUUCUCAUCGCGCUCAGCAAACAAUUCCACUAGGGCCACACCAAUAUCCUCGCGGUCACAGACACAAACACCAACGCCGCAGGGAACGGGAGGAGACAUAAUCGAUUCUUUGCAGAAUCUUUCGCUAUCGCCUUCUCAACAAGCCGCUCUCACACCCACGAGCCCACUCGAUUCACACGAGGCUCCACCGGGAGCAGCUCGCAGAACUCCGAAUAAGCCCGGUAGAGGGGCUGGAAAUGAGCAACAAUGGAACGGACUGCCUGGAGCGCGACUGGAAACUUCUGCACAAGCCCAGCGCGUUGCAUCACCGCGGACGGCCCGGGCAAACCUUGGGGCGGGGAUUCGUCAAACAUCAGGCUCCCUCGAGAAUCAUCAUGGUUCUCGGCCGACGACUGGGUCAACCCCACUUCGCAAAAAGGCUUCGGCUGCCUCGUUGGAUGCCGGUAGAGCUUCUACUCCUCCACGUCCUCUUUCGCGACGAACAUCCUCCAACCUUGAUCGAUCACCCUCAGGAUCGGUGUAUAGAAGAGUGUCGCGAGCGGGAUCCAUUGAUGAGAAGCCUGUGCUUACACCAGCAUCUGUUGCCAAGUCCCAUUUUCAAAGUGAGCUAGAGCUACAUAGACAGGCGGCGCCCUCCACGACAUCGCCCAAGACGGUGGUGAUUCUCCACGACGCCUGCUAUGGACACAGAUUUGCCAGACCGCGAACCUCAAAAAAUGCAUUAUCUACCAUUGUCGAGCGACCAGAACGCAUCCACGCGAGCAUCGUUGGUGUGUCCGCAGCAUAUGUGAGAUUGGGCGGAAGGCAUGAAGGCGGCCAAUGCCCCCCACGCCCAGAACCAGAUCUUCUGCGUCCCAAUCAGCAGCCAUUCAGAAUUCGACCAACCUCGAGAGUGCUAGAGCUGAGUGCGCCGGCAGUGACCAGCGUUCAUGGAACAGAGUGGAUGCACGAACUGAGGGGCAUGUGCGACACUGCUGAGAGGAAUCUCGCUUUGACGGGAAGGGAGCUGAACAGGCCAGAUGGCGACACCCAAGAAGGACAAGCAACAGUGGCGGAGAAACCUAAAUUGCAUGAGGGCGAUCUUUAUCUCUGUUCAGGGUCCUUGGCCGCAUUUCAGGGUGCUCUCGGUGGUGUGUGCGAGGGCGUUGAUGCAGUAUUCAGUAAGUCUGAGGGAGACUCUGGACCGAAAAGGGCUUUUGUAUGCAUUCGACCUCCAGGGCAUCAUUGCUCCGCAGAUUAUCCUUCUGGUUUCUGCUGGGUCAAUAACGUUCACGUUGGGAUUGCGCAUGCGACCAUGGCUCAUGGGCUCACACAUGCGGCUAUUAUCGACUUUGACCUGCAUCAUGGAGAUGGCUCCCAGGCCAUUACUUGGGAGCAUAAUGCCAGGGUUGCUCGUCUGCCCAAGAAUGCGUCUGCGUCCAAGAAGACAUCAAUAGGCUAUUUCAGUUUGCACGAUAUAAAUUCAUACCCUUGCGAGAUGGGAGAUGAUGAAAAGGUCCGCAGCGCAAGUCUGUGUUUGGAGAAUGCGCAUGGCCAAACUGUCUGGAACGUACACCUGCAGCCCUGGAAGAAUGAUUUGGAAUUCUGGGACCUGUAUCGAGAGAGGUAUUCAAUUCUCAUUGAUAAGACUCGAGCGUACCUACGAUCCCAAGCGCAGCGAAUCUCAGCGCUGCCCAACCACCCUGUGCCAAAAGCCGCUAUUUUCAUAUCUGCAGGAUUCGAUGCGAGCGAAUGGGAGAGCCCAGGAAUGCAACGACACAAAGUAAACGUUCCGACGGAAUUCUACGCCCGAUUCACUGCAGAUAUCGUCAAGCUUUCUGAAGAGGAGGGACUCGGUGUUGAUGGUCGAGUAAUCAGUGUUCUCGAGGGCGGAUACAGUGACAGAGCUUUGUCCAGCGGUGUUUGGAGCCACAUCUGUGGCCUAGCUGGGACGGAUAACGCUUUGAAUCAAAUACAAGCGGAACACGGACUAGGCUACGAGAUGCAUCGACGAAUGGGCGCACUGAAUCUGGGUCAAGAAAGCAAUCCGAAAGAUCAGCAGUUGCAACCUUUUGACCCCGCGUGGUGGGAUAUUAAGCGGCUCGAAGAACUGGAAAAGAUUGUGUAUCCGGCCGCUCCGCCUCCUGCGCCGAAGAAAAGGGGCAAUCAACAAAUCCCACAGUAUGCUAUCCCGACUGAAUCUUUCACGGCCAAGAUUGUCUCCUCUCCCAAAGGAUAUCGCAAUUUCAGCUCUGGUGCUUAUCCUUUUCAGGCGCCUGCGCCUGCACCUGCGCCGACGCCACCGCCUGUCCCGCUUGAUGUCGACUGGGCCACAGCGACACAUGAGCUAAGCAAGCUGCUGAUUACUUCAGACCGAGAAACGCGAAGUUGCCGACCUGAAGAACUUAAUGCUGAAGCCAGCCGGAAAAGACGAGAAAGACAUUCAAUCGGGCUGCCUGUGCAGCAGCCAGCGACUUCACAUCCAGAGCCCGUUGACGCAGGGCCACGCCGAUCACAGAGAGAUCGACGAGGCAAGACGCCCAACUAUAAUCUUGAUUCUGACGACGAUGACAAAUUGUUCUCGGGUGCUUCACGAAGAAGGACGAUUGCUACGACUGGCCCAACGGGUUUAGAUCACUCCCCUACUAGUUCCGUGACUGGUGUCCAAGCAGAAGGAGAAAAUUCCGCCAGACGUCUCAGCACCGCAUCAAACAUGACAAUGUCUUCAAUCAAUGGCGGAACCGGAGCAAGUACAAUACCACCUGAUCAAACAGCUAAUAGCCCCACUGCCGCUGUUUCGGGAAUGAAUCGACCGGGAAGCGCAAUGACGGUCGCUUCUCUCCACAGCAAUAAAUCUACCGGCCAGAUCCCACUCGUGAAGAAAACGCGAUUUGUCUCAGGCACGCGAGCUGAACCGCCUUCGACCACGAGCCGAGCGACAAAACCUACCCGACCGCGUCCUGCGCCUCCAAUACGUUCAUUGACCUCGCCUACUCCGGGAGCUGUGACAUCUGGGCCAACUGGGCCAUUUUCUGAAGCCACAACAGCCGCCACUAUGGCGGCAGCGGCAGCGGCCGCAGCAGCCAAGCGCGCCGAUGGUAGUCAUGUCCACGUUAAACCAGAGAAGUCCCAUGACGGCGAAGAUAAUACACUCGACAGCCUGUCGAAGGGAAUGAAGAAGAUGAGCAUCAAAUUACACGUGCCAACGCGAGAAGAGCACGAUGCGCGAGAGCGCAAGAGAGCCGACGAACACACGGUAACGAAUAAACCACCUCCCCGGAAACCUGUAGCUCCUCGGACGAAAAGGACUGUGAAGAAGGAAGUUCCUUUACAAUUACCAACCUCAGCCACCUCGGUGCCACCAGCAGCUGCUGAACCUUCGACUGGCGCUGCUCAAGGAGAACGGACUGCUAUCAAACACGAGCCUGCCGAGCAGCAACAGCAGCAACAGCCUCCUUUGUAUUUGUCUUCUUCAUCAACUCCGACCUCGCGUCACCAGGCCCACCAAGACCUCGAUUCUGAGCACCCAUCUUUGGCAACUUCCCUCCAACAGGUCCAUGCCCCAGACCAGCCCGCGCAGUACCACUCAGCGUCUCAUGACCAGCCUGCACCUUAUACUUCUCAAACCACACCACUACCGACAUUUUCGGCGGGAUCAGACAUCAAUCAACACGCCACCAUUUCUUCGAUUUCUCCUCCUGGGGUGCCCUCGCACUCUCAAGUCCCAUCUACAUCGACUCAUUCUUCUCCCUUUUCUUCGCCAUCAUUCCCGGCGGGUCCACCGUCUCAAGGGCCGUUGUUCCAGUUUGCAGAACCUCAUCCCCAGCCUUGUCCACCGACGUCAAAAUCUACAUUCCAAACUACCGAAUUCAUUCCAUAUACCCCUGAACAUGGUUUCCCUACAAUGCAGCAGCCACAACAACAGCAGUCUCGUCAAUCUGCUUAUAGUCCUCCUAAACCAGACCUCGUCUGGCUUCCGCCAAACACGUCAUCAUCAACUCAACCGCUCCCAACAACCUCCUCAUCUUCACCAUCUGCACCUUUGGUGUCCUCUGGAGUACCUCCGUUUUCGUCUACAACGCCUCCUACCGCCGCUACGCCGCCGCCACCGCCGCCGCAGCAGCAGCAACAUCAACAACAGCAAGUACAUCGCUUCGGACAAGUUAGUGACUUGGCGACACCAGCUUCGUUGGCGCCCUCGCAGCCGCAACCGACAAAGGAGACAACGGCAACACCGUCGACGGGCACCAAUAAAGCACGACGGCGCGAGGACUUGCCUGUUUUUACAGCAACCUCUGCUAUUCCAUUCAGCGAUAGCGGUAGCGGCGGGGCUUGAACUUGAGGUCUCAGCGAUGUAGCAUAGUGCCAUUGACGUUAUUCCUAGUUCGUGUUCUUUGUGUUCUUUGCGUUCUACAUUUUGACCUCUAUUUACUUUCUUUUUCCUUUUUUUUCCCGUUGUCCCCCUGUAUUUCUUUCUUAUCUUUAUCAUUUUCUUUUUCAUUUUCACUUCUAUUUCCCCCUUCAUUCAUUCGAGUCCAAGUCCCACCCGCGACUGCUUUAGAUUUAACUUCUACUUUGUCAUUGUUAGAUUGAGUUAUAAUACCCUCUCUUUUCUUUUUUCCCGCCUUCGUUUUACUUUAUGCAUGCAGAUUUAAACACACUUUUAAUUCGUCCUUCGUGCCUUGCGUACGUGUGUCUGUGCCUUUGACAAAUAAACUCAAAUCAAUAUUACUUCAGGACAAAUAUUUGACCUUCCAGUAACAAAUAACAAAUAAAAACCAAAAACUAGAAUUUGAUU